UGAGGGGCGGCUGCGUCGGGCUGCAGGAGAAGAUGGCGGUUUCCACAGGAGUUAAAGUUCCUCGUAAUUUUCGCUUGUUGGAAGAACUUGAAGAAGGACAAAAAGGAGUAGGCGAUGGUACGGUUAGCUGGGGCCUUGAAGAUGAUGAAGAUAUGACACUUACAAGGUGGACAGGCAUGAUUAUUGGGCCACCAAGGACAAAUUAUGAAAACAGAAUAUAUAGCCUGAAAGUAGAAUGUGGAUCUAAAUAUCCAGAAGCUCCUCCAUCAGUUAGAUUUGUAACAAAAAUUAAUAUGAAUGGAAUAAAUAAUUCCAGUGGAAUGGUGGAUACACGGAGCAUACCAGUGUUAGCAAAAUGGCAAAAUUCGUAUAGCAUUAAAGUUGUACUUCAAGAGCUAAGACGUCUAAUGAUGUCCAAAGAAAAUAUGAAGCUUCCGCAGCCACCAGAAGGGCAAACAUACAACAAUUGAUUUUAGAGGCUUUCAAACUUGUCUUAAAUCAACAACCCACUACUCAUGUUAAUGUCUUGAUUAAGUAUCACAAUGCAAAAUACCCACACAUUAAGUCAAAGAAUUCCAGCUGGUAAACAUGACUGGGACAUUUGUAAGAAUACACUUAAUAUAUGUACACCCAUUAUGUUUUCAGGUCACAGGAGGAAAAAUGCAGCACUUCUCUCUUAUCAAAGCACUGUCAUUUAAGAAUAAACCUGAAGUACUCAAAAUAGAAUUCAGGUUUAAAAGAUGCAAGCUCACUGGAGAAGUGUCAGGUUGCUGUGGAAGGAUGUAUGUUUCUGAAAACCAGUCUCCAGGAGGAAACCAUCAAAGGCAUGCUUUAAUCCAUCUUGCUUAGUGAAAGAGCUGCAGUUUAAAUCGUUUAAAGUAGCAGGUACAAUGAUUAUUGUUGCAGCUGUGUUAAUUUCUGAAGUGGUGUGGGUGCUGACUACUAGUAGUAUCAAACAUGUUCAGGAUUGUUUUGAUACCUGUAUUUAUAAUAAAAAAAGUGGGGGGAGUCUGAAUUUCUGUUAAAAGCCGUUUCUGUGUCUUCCAUGUAACAGACAUGGUAAAUAUUUGUUUACAGUCUUUGUUUAACAAACCAUGCAUUUAAGUGUAAGUGAAACCAACCAAAAAGAAAUAGGUGUAUGAUUAUGUGAUUUUGAGAUGAAUGUUAGUCUUAAAAUGUAAAUAAAAUGUGGAAAGUGUCUCAGA